AAAUGUGAAUUUGGCGAGUAUGCUUGGGACGCUCAUGUUGCUUGCGGCAAUGGAUGGACACCUUCAAACAUAGAAAAAGACAAUGCAGAAUUUGGGACAACCACUAUAAGGCAAAACCUUUGGCUGAAUAUUUACUUUAAAAAUCCUGCAAUUGCAUCUGCUCUGAUUGUCUACCUUGCUACUGUCGUUCCUGACAUGGACGAGCCUUCUCCGUUGAUCAAGUUCGAACUACAUGGGGUCAAACCUGACGAGAAAACGGCCGCAGAAUACCGAGUUACUAAUUGCAAGGAAAAUCCUAUCACCAUUCCAAUCCAGCAUGAUAUGACCAAACCUUUCUUCAAAACUCGUUAUAUUCAAAUGAAGUUUGGUACAAAUAUCAAGAUCGCCGCGGUGUCGUUACGCUCUCCAAAAUAUUUUGAUCCAGUGGGACUACAGGAUUGCACAGGUAUGGUACGCUGGAAUGGAUUGGAAUUGAAUGGGGUGGAAUAAAACAGGGGCGGCGGAAUAGGGGUGGGGCUACUGUCGGGGUGUGACCGCUAGAAGUAAAAGUGACCCCCCCCCCCAAAAAAAAAGAAACAGAGAUCAGAGUUGAACAUUCUUGAUUGCUGUCUAAAAGGCAAAGAAGUGCGAUUUUCUCCUUCUGAUGCAUGUAAACGAGUAGAUGAGUUACGAAUGUUCUGAGUGUACUGUAUGUAAACUCAUAUUCACCAGAAGAAGAGAAUCGCAACAAAUAUUGCAACGAUUCGAUAAUAGUUGAAACGUCUUGUUGGUGGAAGUUAUCGAAUGGAAAUUUAUAUACAUUUUAUUUGACCUAUAAUUUCGAUAAUUUCCAUCAACAACACCCUUCAAACUCGAGCCAAAGGGCAAAGGUAAGAGUUUGUAUGUCUGAUAAACACGGACGCGAAUGCUUUAUAUGGCUUGUGAAACGUCUUGAUGAGAACAUUCGUAUUCUUCAACAAUUUAAAAUAAAUGAAUGAUAUUUGGUGAGAAAAUUGAACUGAAAGUUUAGGUUAUAAAUCAGCAUGAUUUUGUAUGAGACAUGCAAGCUCCUUCACGCUCGUGAUUUCUCUGAGUUUUUUUUCAUAAUUAUCAGUGAGUUUGACAAAAUUCUUUUACAGGUUCACAAUUAUUCCAUCCUGGCACACAGAAGUGUCGUAACUAUGAAUGCAAUAUGCCAACUUGUUCGAAAUUGAUGUUGAAGCAUUCUGUGCCGAUAAAAAAAUGUAAGAAAGGCAGUCUGGAAGGGAGUACAUGUAAGGUGCGGUGUGCUGACGGCUUCACUCCAGUUGCGCCUUUUGAGAUCAUGUGUUCUGGUGGUGAAUGGCUUGUCGAUGGCGCGGCACCGCAAUGUACGCCGGUAGAUUGCGACAAACCAAGAAUACAGAAUUCUGAAAUACGUAAGUAGUUCAGUUUACGCUAGAACUUUUAAGAAGGCCUUCGGUACAGAUUGCGUUAAAGGAACAUGGAACAUAUAAAUCCGGGGGUGUAGAAGAAGGGGGCUCACCCCCCCCCCCUCCCAUUGUUAGAAGCUCGCCCCCUUGUUAAAAAUUUCGUACCAGUUUGGGGGAUGACUUCUCGAUAUUUUUUCAGAUUGCAAACCUGGAAUGUUCUUUGCAACUGUAGUGUUAAAAUGAUGUGGUCAUGAUGUUAGUAAUCUGUACUGGAUUACUAUGAUCAUACCAUUACAUGUAGGUCAUUUAUGUGGCUCCAACAUGAAGUCCUUUCUUCAAAAAACAGUAAUUGAAGAAUUACUAGCACCAAAAUACUGGAACUUUCCAUGUUUAGCACCCUCCACGCCUUGUCACCCUCACGUCUUGUCAACCCGCCCCCUCCUCUAAGAGCCCCCUCCCCCUUGAUAUCAUUUCAGUUCUAAUGACUGAUUAAUAAGUUUUUGAAGAAACAUUUUAGAUUAGCUGCUGUGGACAAUCUAUAACGAUUAUGAUUAACAUUUCUAUAGCGCAAAGUUAUAUGUGGAUAUGAUCAAAUGCGCUUUACAUCAAGUAUUACACUUACCUAACGGACCGUUUGCAUUAUAGACAAAAUGUUGAUCUGAACAAGUCUAGACAAAAAUUUCAUCACAGCUUGAAAGAGCAUCACAAAAUUAGUAAUAUUCCAAAGUUUCGUUGCGAAAUGUUGUAAAAUGCGGAUAAUAUAGCCUUGCGAAAUUUGCAAUUUUCAGUCAUUUUGUAUUGCAAACGGGAAAUUGAUGCCCCAACACCCGAUUGGGCUGUCAAUUUCCCGUGCGUAAUGCAAAAUGACUGAAAAACGGCAAACUUCGCAAGGCUAUAUUAUCCGCAUUUUACAACAUUUCGCAACGAAACUUUGGAAUAUUACUAAUUUUGUGAUGCUCUUUCAAGCUGUGAUAGAAUUUUUGUCUAGAUCAAAAUUUAGUCUAUAAUGCAAAUGGUCCAUUGCAUACUAACUACUAAGCCAAGACUAUUUUAUCUUGACAACAAUUGUGACUUUCUGAACUGUGUUUACCCCAACCCACCCUGUCAACUUUCCCCGUGGGAGGAAACCGGAGCACCCGGAGAAAACCUACGACUUUCGACAGAACGUUGACUGAUUCAAUAUAAGCCUCCACCCCCCUUGGAAUAUAAACCCCUCCGUGUAUAAGUUCAUGGGCUAAUUGUUGGACGUAAUAUAUGAACAACGAGAGUGAGUGUUUCACCGGGAUAUCCAAACACGAGAAAACAAUGUAUGAGAACACGAGCGCGAAGCGCGAGUGUUUUCAUACAUUGUUUUCGAGUGUUUGGAUAUCCCGGUGAGACACGAGCUCGAGUUGUUUAUAUGGCUUCUCAAAUGAAUCGAGACGUAACAGAAUGUUUUCGUUUGCUGAUUUGAAUAGAAUUCUUAACCAAGAAUAACGUAAUUAGGAAUUCUAUUCAAGUAAUUUUGCAUGCGUAAUUAAGAUAUUUGAUGAAAACACUAGUGACUUUCAUCAAGUUUCACCGGGUUAUCCAAGUGGCAUCUUGUGAUCAAAUAGGUGAUUAUCAUUGGCUGAAUUGCUCAUGAAUUAUUAAUAAAUUUGAGAACAUUAUAUCUGAAAUACAUAAUCUAUAGCCGUGCUUACAUUGCAGUUCCUGAUUUAAAAAUGUUUCAUAUUUGUUAUUCAUGGAAUUUCAAAAGCACCACAGACUUCACGCUGAGUUUCAAUAAAUACUUCUGUUAUUUUGCUUCGCCUCGUUGGUUCAAUUCGUGUCCCGCUUUCAUAACGCGUACUUGAAUUGAAGUGCUUCCUCAAUUAAAGAAGAUGUUUUCAUCAAAGUGUUUUCAUUUUGUAAUACCGACUGUGAUUUUCCUGUUACUCCAAGGUACGUUUUCUGUCGUUUAUAACAUGUAUUUAUAUUUCAUGUUCUUUCAAGGACGCAGUCACUUCUGUGCUGAACCUAACCUCAUAAUAAGUGGCAAUGAAUAUAAAUCUAAACUUCACUGCAGUCUGAUUAUAAAAGAUUGGAUUAAACUUCAUUGCCAUUAUUUGAACCGAUUGUGGAGUUAAAUUUUUGAGGAAUGGAUAAGUUCAAUACUCAACUGUCUUUGCCAGUUAAGUACUGGCAAUCAAAUGAACAAGCUUUCAUUGGUAUAGGGAUUCAGGAUUCUUUUUACAGAAGUAAACAAUGCGAAGUCUUUAAUCGCAUGUCAUUCAUUCGAUCAUAUACUUGCCAGGAGAAAAAUUGUCGACAGAAUUCGUCUAGUGUGAACCAGGCCAAGGCUUAAAGCAUCGCGAGAAGAAAGAUGUAGUGUUUCACACGAUUUCGUAGCAAAAUAAAUCAUUUCUGCACUCUGCCCCGGCCCCAUCGAUCUCGCAAAGAUUAAUACUUAGAGAAGGAAACAUUUCAGUAAUAUAUCAGGACAGUUCGUCAAAUUGAAAGUGAAGUCUGUGCGAGUUUUCCCAGGAAAUCUAGCUAGAAAGAUAGUGUUUCGCAUGGUUUCAGGACAAAAUAAACCAUUUGGCAUCGUCUACACGACUACACAAUGACAUUGAAACCAGUAAUAGACUAAUAAUGAGUAAAUUCAACUUAAACACUAUACUGAGCAAUAACGCGAACGUGCAUGCAUGUCUACGAAGUUAAAUAAAUCAGCGAGUUAAAUGUGAGGCUAGCGCAUUACCUGUGUCUAUAUAAGUUCAAUAUAUCACGCAUACAUGCAAUAUAUGUAGAUGUACAGUACAUACUACAAAGAUGCCAAAUUAAAACUGAACCCAGUGCGUCUGUAUGAAUAAUAUUUAUAUUAAUAAACCCUGUGUUCAUUUUAUUUUGAGCCUGACUGCAAAUUAUUUGCGUUUUAAUAACUGUUCCUGAUUUUCUCACCUAGCUUUCGCGUAAAACCCACUUUAUAAUUGCAUAAACAUAACGAAACAGUUUGCAAUACAAAUCACCCGGCGACCAGUCGGACCAGUCCUUAUAAACGGCGGCCAUCUUGCUAAUUAAAGGCCCUUUACACUUGCAAUUUUUGCUGCGACUUCUAGUGCGAGCUCCUCUUCUGAUGGAUGUGAAGGAGUAGAUGAGUUAUGAAUGUUCAGAUGAAGGAACAUAUACUCAAAACAUUCAUACUCAUCUACUCGUUCACAUCCAUCAGAAGGAGAAAAUCGCAAUAGAAAUCGCAGCAAAAAUUGCAAGUGCAAAUGGCCCUUGAUAUUCUACUUUUUUGGCUAUUGACGACGAUGCGGCUAUCCGACAUCUACAAAAAAGGCCGUGCCGAAAACUAUAGUCACAGUCUGCCCAAACAACUGCAGACUGAAUAUAAAAGAUUGGAUUAAACUUCAUUGCCAUUAUUUGAACCAAUUAUGAAGUUAAAUUCUGAGGAAUGAAUCAGAAUAACUGCCUCUAUUAAACAAUAAUGUACAGCAGCGACUGAACAGCCAUGAAAUCAGUUUAGUUAAUUAGCUUGCAUUAGCUUGAUGCACGUUUAGACAAAUGAAAUACACUUAUGUGAUAUAAGUCAUAUAAAUGAGCUAUGAAAGACACUGUGCCAUCAACAACCAUCUAUUUACAUGGUACUUCAUCUAAACGCAAGCACACAGACACGCAACAGGAGUCCAUUAUUUACUUCGUUAUUUAUUUUUGUGUUUUGUUUCAGGCGCUGCUUGUUUCUUUGUGAAACAUGUGCAGACAGGGAUGUGUAUUAAUGACACAAGAAUGCUACAGGUGGACGCGUCUUGGGGAAACUUAUCUUAUGUGGAACUUUCCAACAACUGUCUGGAUCCAGCUGCUCAGUGUCGGUUUCUUGAUAAUAGUGCCAUGUUCAAUUUGAAAAGAAAGGGAUGUUUCGAGGGAACACGUAGGGAAGGUAGUGGUUAUGGUCUUCCUAUGUUGUAUUUGCUCCUUGCUACAGAUCCUUCAGCUAAUUGUCGUGAUCAGGACCAUGCUAUAACCCAGACCUCUUGGGGAGGUUUAUCUGUAUAUUAUAUACCUGGUAGUCAGACGAGGUGUGCAGUCCCUAAAACAGAUGAUCGACUUGCUACAACCCGAGGAAUAGAUCCCUACAUCGGAUUUAUGACAAAUUGUGACGAUGCAGAGGAUAAACGUUUUAAUUUUGGUAAGUUGUUUUUAUUUGUAUGCAGUUAAUUUGUUUGAUGUCUUUGCACAUAAAGUCUACAUAAAAAGUUCUUAUUUGUGGUUUUGCAGUUUGCAUUUCAUAUUUACUUAUUAAAUUUCUCACCUACCAUUGCCGCUAAGCUAGCUUAGAGGCUAGACGUAAACCACUUGUAUUAAGACUUGGCUGUAUAUAUUAAGAGCUUUACCUUAUUUAUACAUAUAAGAAUGAUUCAAUUACCUCGCGAACUGUUCACUCCUCAAUUUUGUCCUCAAAAGCAAAAACUGUAUUUCCAACAUCAUUAAUAAUUCAUAAGCUUAUUGGCAAAUCAUGUCAACCAUAAUAUGUCACGUGCAGUGGCUUUAAACCUGAUAAAACACUCCUAAUUAGUAUUCUUUAUAUAAAGAAUACUAAUAAGGCGGUAUAUCUAUUGAAUUUGUAGCCGUGUUUGAAGUCGUUUAAUAAACUCGCAGGUCGUGUUUUAUUAGGUCUCUCUUUUUUUUAACCUAAUAAAACACUCCUGCUCGUUUAUUAAACAGUACAUAUUUUAUGUCAUCGACGAAGAAAAUAAAACGCAGCAGUCCGAAGACAGAGCCUUGUUGAACUCCACAUAUAAUUAGAUUUUCCGGUUGUUCCAAAUAUUUCAUUUAAUGCCCUGAAUUUUAUAUAUUUCAUAUAAUGCUGAAUAAGAAUAUGAUGUUUGUGAUGUUACUCUGAGUGUGCAUCCACACCGGGCAAGCUGAAAAGUUAGAAGUUUGCCUGACCACGGUGGGAAUCGAAACCGCGAUCUUUUGGAUAUAUUAGUCCAAUGCUCUACCAACUGAGCUACGAGGUAAAGUCGGUUCGAGUUGGUGAUAUUUCGGAACUGAGUCUAGUUCCUUCGAUAUCAAUGUAUUCUAAGAUAUGACAUUUUUUGUGUGUGUUGGUGUCAUAUAAGACAGAGACUUAUUGAACUCUACAUAUAAUUAAAUCACGAGCAAGACUCUAUAAUUGUUCCAAAUAUUUCAUAUAAUGCUGAAUUUCUGCAUACGAAUAUCAUGUCCGUGCAGCAAUGGUGUUUUGCAUUUUGUAUACAUUGCUAUGCCGUUCAACAAAAUCUCUUGUCCUACUACUUGAUAUUUAACAGUUAUUCUACGAACUCGAGUCGAAUAUGAGCUGAUAGCCGAUGAGGCGCGUAGCGCCGAAUCGGCUAUCGUUCAUAUUCGACGAGAGUGAGUGGGAUAACUGUUUUAUUAUAUACACAAGGUCUGAAUUCACAGACUUUGCUUUUCGGAUAUUUUCAAUAUUUUUCUAUUUUGUUUAUGUUUUUAUCUUCGCUCUUUCGGCCAAUUAUUGUUUCAAAAAUAUAUUUUUAACUAUCAGUUUAAAUUUUAAAAAUUCAUUUGCUAACCUGUAAACAAUUUGAGAGAGUUUUUUCAUUGUGUUUUUAAUCUUGUAAAGGCUAUUAAAACCGAACAACUUGCUGUUUUCUCGUUCGCAAAACGUCGGAAAUUCAGUUUGAGCCGCCAUUUUGUUUUUCUCUACUAGCAGGAUAUGAGCUAAUAUCCUGCUAAUAGAGAACCAAUCAGAUUGCAGAAUACCUCAUAUCCAGACCUUGUGCAUGUAUAUAAUAAUGUCAUUUAGUGCUCGUCAUUUCUAAUUUCUUUUUCUGUUCCAGGUUCAGUGACGUGUCAUGGAAAUAUGAUAAAGAAUGCCAACUGUCCUAAAGAUCAGUACAUGGUGGUCAAGAAUGCAUCGUACCGUGGAUUGUCUGACACAAAGACAUGUGGUUUGAGUGAUGAUUAUAGUUGUGAAGUUGAUGUAACAUGUCUUGUUAAGAAACAAUGUGAUGGUCAACAUGAGUGUAAUAUAACUGUGAAUGAAACCUUGUUCUCUGGUGAUCUAUGUCCUGGAUUGACAAAAUAUCUUUACUUUGAAUAUCAAUGUAAUGAUACAGCGACGUCUUUUAAUAAACUUUGUGGUAUGUACGGCUAAUGAAAUUAGGAAAGUUCAGAUUUAACUUCCACUACUGCUACCUGUCAGUGGCUUAAUACGCAUUUGAUUCGUGUAGAUUAAACGUAUCUGAUUGAUAACGGUAGUGGAAGUCAAAUCUGAAACCUUCUAAACAUUUUUAGAUAAAGCAUAAUUUAUCGCAAAUGUUAUAUAAAAGCAUCGAUAAUGAAACGAAAAACUCAAAAUUGUAAAACUUUAAACUCGUGACAGUGUGACGUAAAAUUGACAUGUUAACUCCAGCAAUUUUUGGCCUGGUCGCGUAAUUUUGAAAACGGGUGUAACGGUCAUUCGCUUGUUCAGCAAUUAUUUUACAUUGCACAUGUUUUUCAUCAGUUUUAAAAGAUCGCCGAAAAAAAAACUUUCUGCCGAAAUUCAAAGGUUACCAUGCAAGCCAAAUAAACUGUGAUGAAUUGACCAACUUUUUUCUUGUUUUGUUUUUGUAGUUAAUGAUAUAUCUUUAUCAUAUUCAUCUCUACCAAAUGAAGGUUUUGUAAAAAUUACAACUGACAGUGGAAUCAAGAAUGUUUGUUGGCAAAGUUUAGGAAACGCAAAGGAUGUUGUUUGCCGUGAAUUGGGUUACAAACAAUCAGACUCACUGGUUGAAAAGGCCGCUCCAUUGGAUUUAAAAGAUGAAAUAUUUUCUGGAAGUUUAGCGUGUAAUGAUGGUGAUACAAAAUUAUCUCAAUGUUCGGUUACCACUUCUUCCCAAAGUUGUUCGACAUUCUCGUACUUAAAAUGUAAGUUUUUUACAAAAAGGAUGACGCGCAUGUGACUAAGGUUUGACGAAUAUAAUGAAUGAAAGAGAUAAAAACAAAGUUUGCAAGAUUUAAUUUCCAUAUUUUAGGUCAUAUUUGUCCACGGCCCCUGCUAAAAGACAAACAAAGAUUUCCUGAUUCGUCAUUCACUGCCUCAGCCUCUUCAGAAGGUCGCAGUCCCUCUGCAGCAAGAAUAUCUAGUGGCAGUUCUUGGUGUGCUCCUGUCUCGGAUGGCAAACAUUAUCUUGAAGUGGAUUUGGGAAGACUUUAUAUUUUCUAUUAUGUUGCAAUAUUUGGAGAUAGUACUAGUUCCAAGUGGGUGGUCAAAUAUAACUUGAAUUACACUGUUGAUUUAAAGAACUGGAGAUCAGUGAGCCCAACGGUAAUUGCUACAGUAUAUAUUACUUUUCAGGUUACUUAUUUUAUAACUUAUAGUUUGUUACAUGACAGAAUAGUGUAACUUAAAGAAAAGAAAUAUUUUUGGUCUUUAGACAUUUCAAGGAAACAAAAAUGCUUACAAUGAUGCAGCCAUACAAGAUUUAUCUGAAGGAAUAACAACACGAGCUGUACGAUUUACUCCAUUAUCAUAUGUUGGUCAACCGUGUAUGAGAAUUGAAAUUUGUGGUUCUAGUAUGUUAUUUUUUUCUUUUGCCGUUAAAGAGGAUAAAUUAACAAAUUAAAUUAUUUUUAUUAUGAUCGAUGUGUCCAUAGCUCGUGUAUCCUGGCAAACACAGAUAAAAAUGUUAUUUUACUAUAACUCCUUUCUUUUUAGCUCUGUUACCAGAUAAACCUACAAACCUCACGGUCACUAACAUCAAGUCAAGAAGUGCUGAUAUAUCUUGGCUGGAUCCUAACAACACAGGAGAUGGAGAUCUUACAGGAUUUUGGAUCAAACUGAAGAAAGAGAACUCCUUAACCGUGAAUACCACCACAAAUAAAAUGAACAAAUAUAAAUUACAAAGUCUCACUCCUUACACUGUGUAUAAAUUAUCAGUCGCUGCUGGAAAUAAACAAGGUUUUGGUGAAGAGACCAUUACUUCGUUCCUAACAUCUGAAGAAGGUCAGUGUUGAAGAGCUCGAAUGUUUUUCUCAAACAAGUUUUUUAUCACCAACAAUAAAGAACAGCAAAAGAGGCCAGAAACUUAAAAAAGUAAAAAAGACCAGAAAACUAAAUCAGGGGUCGUCUAACGUGGCUUAUUGUAUAAUUAUUCAAAAUGCCUUACUUAUUUUACAUUUUAAGUACAAACCUUGGUUUUAUUCUUCAGCUCCAAGCGGUCCUCCAUUAAACAUCAAAACCACAUCAAGAAGUACAUCAUCAUUGUCUUUCACCUGGGAUCCUCCUGAGAAAAAUAAACAAAAUGGCGUCAUUAUCACUUAUACUGCGUGUGUUUCACAGUCAGAAAAUGGUCCUUGCUUGGAGAUAUUUAUCACAAGUAAAAGAGAGUGGCUCGUCAAAAAUUUGAACGCAUCAACAAAAUAUUAUGUUCGUGUUCUUGCCAGUAAUAAAGCUGGAAGUAGUGUUUACAGUGGAAGUAAAGGGUUUUUUACGAAUGGAAGUAAGUACAACAUGUAUAUUUGGAUAUUAUCUGUGGUGAAGAAAACUGUUCAGAAUUUCAUGUUUGCCUACUUUUAUGCCGUUCAAAAACGCUACACAGAGCUUCGUUAUGGCAAUACAUUUUACUCAUUAAUAAUUUCACAUUUUCCUCCAGGAGCGGGAAAGAAGGCCUCAGAAGUGACAUCAAGUACGCUCACAUUUUCAUUGGAAAUUCCAUCAAAAACGUUUCUGUAAGUUUAUCGACUUUCUGAUGGUACUAAAGACUAGCUUCCGUGCUCGCCGUUGUAAUAUACCUGUAAUAUGCUGAGUCUGGACUCUAUAACUUGUUUUUGUGUACUGUAUGCAAACCAUUUUUAAUUUUCAUUGCAGACAUAAGUCGACACUCUGUUACAUCGGGCCACAUUCACAUAGUCGCCAUCGUCACGACCAAACAGAAACUGAACUUCCCGGCAUUAGAUUAGUCUUAAAUAUUAGGAAACUAUUUGGAUCUAUUAUUAAGAAGGUAAACUUUUGUUUUUAGUUAUUUCUACGUGGUGGCUUUGAAAUUAAAAGAAGGCAAGGAACCUGCAUCAUCUGACAGUUACGAGAACAGUGAGUUAGUGACGUAUGCCGAGGCAAGAAAAUCAACCAAUCCGAAACCUUAUAUCGCUGCAAUUGUUGCAUCCAGCGGAGUUGAUGGAAACAUGUUUAUACUUGGUGAUGGCAGAAAUACAAGUGAUCCAACAUCACGAAGACGCAGAUCAACCUCGAUUGAUUACUAUAAUGGUCCGCUGGAGCCUGGCACUAGUUAUAGUUUUUUUCAAAGGAUUGUACUCAAUGUCAAGGUAUGGUGUUUGCUGUUUAUCACACUUUAAAAGUUAAGCUUUCCCCUCUAUAAUUUCUAUAAUUUCUCAAAAAUGAAAUCUUUUGCCAUUAACCAGGAUAAUAUACUUAAACUACCCAAGCACUUAAAGCAGAAACGUUUACAAGAAUUUUCACAUAGAUGCCCUAACAUAUAGCAGGAAUAAAAAUUAGCCCACACAAUUCGGAGAACACGUGAUGAAGUCAUUUGUAUAGCUAUGACUAGACAGAUAAAAACUAACACCUUUUUUACUAUAGAAUGAAUAUUACUCCGCAGACUGGAGUCCGGCUUCAAAAACUAACGAAUAUACAGGUACAUACAAGGAAACAAUUUAACUGUAUUCAUAGAUGAUUUGAAAUUAGGUAGUAAAAUCACAAGUAAAGGUUGGUCCUGACGAAAUCGAUUAUUCAUAGAAAAUAAUGGUAGCACAUUUCUACGGUAAAAAAUCUAUUUUCUGUUUCCAAGAUGGCCCUCGUGUACUGACCAAGAUAUCCAGUGAUGACAUAAAGGCAAAGCUUAAGGAAGGUGAUCUUGUCAACCUACUGUGUUCUGCUCAAGGUGAACCUCCAAUUAUUUUCACCUGGAAAAAAGACCAGAAGUCAUUGGAAAGUUUCUUCGAAAAGGAAAAGCCCCACCGCAGUUCUUUACUUGUUGUAACAGUGAAAGACCAAACAAGUUUUGGGAAAUAUAUUUGUCACAUCCAAGAUCGAUUUGAAAGCACUACUCAUACCAUUUGGGUCGAAGAACUAGAAGAUACAGGUAAUCUCGCUUUCUAAAUUUUAUUUAAAAAAGACGUGGAUGCUUUGGUUGCUACGCGGGUUAAAAUAAAUAAAUGCAAGCCCCGAACAAAACAAGUUUCAUAUGACGAAGGCUAAACAAGUUGUACAUUUCAUUAUAAUACAUGGUAAUAUUCUUAAUCCUUUCAAAUUCCAGGCAAGGAUGAAAAUGAUGAUGGUUCUGAAAAAUAUCUUGCUGGAAUUAUAGUGCUAGUAAUUCUCGUGAUAAUUUUGCUCGUUAUCCUUGCUUAUUUCAUCUAUCAAAAUCGUCGACUCAAAUCAUCAAAGGCAAACCCGGAGAACAAGAGCAAGGACAGAAAUAAUUCAAAAGAUACUUAUGAAAAUCCUGACAAAAUCAAAGAUGAUGCGAAUUAUGAACAAGUGGAAAAUGAACAGUCGACGUAUACAGCUCUCAAAAGGACUGGGAAGGAAGAAAAUGAUGAUCACUUAUAUAGUCAUCUAAAUGAAGUACAUAAGGACUACGUGAAUCAGAAGGAAACUGGAAUUUAAUUAAGAGGGCUCUUGUACGAAGCCCGUUUGGUUUAUCUAAUGGACAAGCUCAGUAUAGAAAAACAAGUCGGCAAAUAGACAAGUAUCAAUCAGUAUUAAUGACUUAGACUGUUAUCAUUAUAUCUAAAAUGCACUAAACAUAAUCUAUAUAUAACCGUGUUUACAUUGCAAACUAGGCAUGGCCUGAUCCUUGCUCUGGCCUACAUUUUGGUAGAGUGAAUGAACUUUGCCGUAGCCUAGGUCAGAAAAUCUGGGCUCAUUGCGAUCGUUGAUCAAUGCCUGCCUUAACCAAGCCUUGUGGCAAUAUAUAAUGUAAACGUAUGACAAUAGGCAAUUCCAGGUAUAGACUAAAUUUUGAUCUAGGCAAGAAGAACAAACUCCAUCACCACCGCUAGAGUAGAAAGAGCAUGUUAAAAUGAGUAAAAUUGUGCUGUAAUGUUGUAAAAUGAAUAUAGCCCUAGGAAAUCUGCAAAUUUUGUAUUAAUUUGUAUUACACACGGGAAAAUGCACCACGUGCAUGCCUAGAUCAAAAUUUAGUAUAUAUAGCUGGAAUCAUUCAGUUACUUGGCGUGGCCUUAUAGCUUGACUCAGCUAAGACUGGCAGUGUAUAUAAACAUGUUUAUUGAUGUAUAAUCCCACUUAUAUCAAAACCUUAAACCUCUAGCGUGUUUGAAUAACUAUUGUUAUCUGUUUCCUAAUAUUUACAAAAUGCUAUUCCUGCCUCGUCCCUCGUCGCUUCAGUUGGGAAUAGAGAUCAGUGGAAAAACAAUGGGAGCGCGGGGCUUAAUGGGAAUGCGAUAGAACGUCGCGACCGCGCGUAUGGAUGACGGACUGUGGAAGAGUCAGAUGCUAUUCUUGUGACCUUCAACUACGCUAUGUCUAAUUUAUGCAAAGAUGCCCCAUGCAGAUAAAGAAGUAUCGUAUAUCAACUUCUUGCAUUCGCAAGUGUUAAAUAUACGAAAUUCCAUCAACGUUCAACGACAAGUGGUUCGGUGGUUCCGCACAUAACCGCGUCUACUACUUUUAGUUGAAGUGAUUUUGACAAAAGAUUUAUAUAUACAAGUUGCCUUGAUAUUUCACCAAAAUCAGGAAGUACUUUUAAAGCCGGCAUUCAGGCAUGUCUGAACAAGCUAUGCCGCCAAGAAGGUCAGUACUAAAACACCGUAAUAUGAUGCAAGAUAUCUUCACUUCGUCUACGGGAUGGCUAGUUCUUGGCGUAAUCUUAGCACUUAUAAAACCUACGGUAGCUUUGAGUCCUUCUGGGGUUAAUGUAUGCAGUAGGGAAGAAAG